UUCAGAGAAAAGGGCGGAGCGCAGGGGCGGGGCGUCAAUCCUCGCCGGGCGGUGUCAGAUGAAGAAAACGGGGAGCGAGCCUGAAGCCCACACACAGGGUCUCUUCUCCCGGGGGAUUUACCUGAGUUACUCCUGCUGAGUUCAGGUGUCGCAAUGUCACAGCAAAUCAGUCCUGAGGAUAUGGAAGACAUCAGAGAGUGCUUCCAGAAAAUGGAUUUGGAUGGCAAUGGCUUCAUCAGCGGCUCAGAGAUCGGUGAGGUCUUCCGUGCACUGGGUUCUCCAGUGCCUGGCUACCAGAUCCGAGAACUCCUUCGGAAAAACGAUCGGGACAAUGACAGCCGAAUCAACCUUGUGGAGUUCACCGCUAUGUUUCAGGACAUGAAGGAUGACCACAUUGGCCAAGCAUUCAGAAAAGCGCUUAACAAAAAAGAAGGAAUCGUCGCCAUCGGAGGAACUAGCGAAAUCUCAAGUGAAGGAACUCAGCAUUCAAUAUCUGAACAGGAACGCUUUGCCUUUGCCAAUUACAUCAAUUCCACUUUGGAGAAGGAUCCAGACUGCAGUCGCAUGCUGCCCAUCAACCCCAACACUGGAGCUCUGUUCAAAGCUCUAGCAGACGGGAUUGUGCUUUGCAAACUCAUCAACCAAUCUGUUCCCGAGACCAUUGAUGAGCGAACCAUCAACAAAAAGAGACUCACUGCAUUCACUACACAGGAGAACCUAAACUUGGCGCUGAACUCGGCCUCCGCUAUUGGCUGUCAAGUUGUCAACAUUGGUGCUCAAGACUUGAAGGAAGGAAAACCUCACCUGGUGCUCGGACUCCUCUGGCAGAUUAUUAAGAUUGGACUGUUUGCAGAUAUCGAGCUGAGCCGCAAUGAAGCCAUCGCAGCGCUGUUGGAGGAAGGGGAGAGUUUGGAAGAGUUGAUGAAACUAAGUCCAGAAGAGUUGCUGCUGCGUUGGGCCAAUUUCCACCUGAAGAAAGUUGGCAUCACCCUGACAAACUUUUCGGGGGAUAUUAAGGACUCUAAGGCGUAUUUCCACCUGCUGGAGCAGAUUGCACCAGACGGCAGCAAAGAGGACGUUCCGAGAAUUGAUAUUGACAUGGCUGGACUUUAUGAGAAAGAUCUUGCAAAAAGAGCAGAGCGCAUGCUGGAACAAGCUGAUUCCCUUGGCUGUCGACAGUUUGUGACGGCGACCGAUGUGGUGUCUGGAAAUGCAAAGCUCAACAUGGCCUUCGUGGCCACGCUUUUCAACAAACACCCGGCUCUCACCAAACCCGAGAACCAAGAAUGGAAUGUGAUGAGUGAGACUAGAGAAGAAAGAACUUUCAGGAACUGGAUGAAUUCUCUUGGAGUGAGUCCACAUGUUCACCACAUCUACGGAGAUCUGCAGGACGCCAUGGUCAUCCUUCAAUUGUAUGAAAAAAUUAAGGUGCCAGUGGACUGGGACAACAGAGUCAACAUGCCUCCGUUCAGGGCAGUAGGGGGAGGACAGAUGAAAAAGAUAGAAAACUGUAACUAUGCUGUGGAGCUGGGAAAGGAAAAAGCAGGUUUCUCCCUGGUUGGAAUUGGAGGACUGGAUGUAUUUGAUGGAAAUCCCACUUUAACUCUGGCACUGGUGUGGCAGCUGAUGAGAAGGUACACUUUAAAUGUUCUUGAAGACUUGGGGGACGGACAAGUUGCAGGAGACGAUUUAAUCAUCACAUGGGUGAACAAGACUUUGGCUGAAGCCGAAAAGACUUCUUCAAUCAAAAGCUUUAAGGACAAAUCUCUCAAUACUAGUCUUCCAGUUUUGGACCUAAUAGACGCCAUCCAACCCGGGAGUGUAAACUUUGAGCUGGUUCAAAAAGAAGAUCUAACGGAUGAAGACAAACUCAAGAAUGCCAAGUACGCCAUUUCCAUGGCGAGGAAGAUUGGCGCCAAGGUGUACGCCUUGCCUGAGGACUUGGUAGAGGUUAACCCCAAAAUGGUGAUGACCAUCUUCGCCUGCCUGAUGGGAAGAGGCAUGAAGAAGGUUUAGAGGAAACAUGGCCGACGACAAGCCACUGACUUUCUUCUUCUGCAAACUUCAUUCUGUGGGAGCCAAAUAGAAACAUGCUGUCAAUUUGAUAAAUAAAAUAAAAAUUUUCUGUUAUGA